AUCUGGAUUUGUUAAACACUCUUAAUAAAUAUAUAUGUUCAAUUUACAAUAUAGAAUAACAUUGUAAAAUACAUAUAUCUUAGAUGUGAUAAGUUUGGUGUUAUUACUAGAGAAUGGUACAUGCACGAAGGAGCCGGGCGGCGGUUAUACGACUACCUCCAAUCUCACAGUCGCCCUCACCAAGUAUAAUAUCAGAUCGUUUGAAAGCUCUGUCUCGCCCAAGGAACCUCGACGAAAGAUGGCAAUCCAAUGGAACCCCAACUCAUGUAGGUUUAGAUGUUUUAUGGGGAUCACAACAACCAAUACGACCACUUGGAAAAAUACCAGAGGCAAAUGAAAGAGUGAAAGACCUGUCUAAACCAAAGAGAAAUUUUCAAAACGAACGCAUAAGACCUCUGUUUUACUACAGUAUUGGACGGGCUUCCUUUAUUACAGAGGCCAAACCUAAAGUUAAGGAGGCUAGCGAGAGAGUCAAAGAACUGGCAAGUCCAAAACCUACACACGACCAAGGGAAUCGGUUUAGUCCUUCGUUUAAAUACAGCUGUGGUCGUCCAUCGGCGAUAUCACCAGAUUUGAGAGCCGUGAAGAUCAAGAAAGCUUCAAUUAGAAUGCAAGAACUUUCAAGACCGAAGGCUUUACAUCGAGAUUUCUUAGCUCACAGACAAAUAGUACAACCUUUAAGUAUAACGAGCACAUUACGAAGAUAGGAGCACGUGACAGUCAGGAUCAGUUAAAAAAAAACCAGACCAAUUAGAUGUAUAGAUAUAUAACAUUUACAAACUGUUGCUUAGUUAAAGAACAAUCAAUGUAUAUUAAGUGUAUGUUAACUUCGAGAAGUAUAAACAAAUUUUAAAUGUU